UGCCGCCCUCAGAAGAUGCACUUCAGCACCGUCACCAGGGACAUGGAAGCUAUCUCCAGCCCCUGGCUCACCCAGCUGUCCCAUUUUUGCGAUGUUGCAGCUUUCACGGCCAACAGCCUGAGCAGCCUGAACGCCUCCGGGGGGUACCACCUCUCCCCCUCCCCGGGGGACCCGUACGGACAGCAUGAGCCGCCGCACUACGAGCCUUGCACGGCUCAGCAGCACCCGCACCCGCCGCCCCAGCCCCAGCACGGCUAUCCUUUCGGCGGGGCGGCGGCGGCGGCCGGGACCAACCCGCCGCCCCCAGGCCCCGAGCAGCCCGAGGGCGCCGGUGGAGCCGCUGCCGGGCCGAACGCAGUCUCGGGCUGCUCUGCGGGGGCUGCCGCCGCGGCCAAGGCGCCGGUGAAGAAGAACCCGAAGGUGGCAAACGUGAGCGUCCAACUAGAGAUGAAGGCGUUGUGGGACGAGUUCAACCAGCUGGGCACCGAGAUGAUCGUCACCAAGGCAGGCAGGCGCAUGUUCCCCACCUUCCAGGUGAAGAUAUUCGGGAUGGACCCUAUGGCUGAUUACAUGCUCCUUAUGGAUUUUGUCCCGGUGGAUGACAAGCGAUACCGGUACGCCUUCCACAGUUCCUCCUGGCUGGUGGCCGGCAAAGCCGACCCCGCCACCCCCGGGAGAGUCCAUUACCACCCGGAUUCCCCGGCCAAAGGGGCGCAGUGGAUGAAGCAGAUCGUUUCCUUCGAUAAGCUCAAACUAACCAACAAUUUGCUGGAUGACAACGGGCAUAUCAUUUUGAACUCCAUGCACAGAUACCAGCCGCGUUUUCACGUGGUCUACGUGGACCCCCGGAAAGACAGCGAGAAGUACGCGGAGGAGAACUUCAAAACUUUCGUCUUCGAGGAGACGCGCUUCACGGCAGUGACCGCCUACCAGAACCACCGGAUCACGCAGUUGAAGAUUGCAAGCAACCCUUUUGCCAAGGGAUUCAGAGACUGUGACCCUGAGGACUGGCCCAGGAACCACAGGCCAGGGCCUCUUCCUCUCAUGAGCGCUUUUGCCAGAUCCCGGAAUCCAGUCUCUUCUCCAGCCCACCAGAAUGGGACAGAGAAAGAUGCUGCCGAGAGCCGGCGGGAGUUCGAGCGGGAGGCAGGCGGGACGGCGCUGCACCAGGCCGAGGCCGCGCACCAGCAGCUCAUGUCCCGCGUGCUCAGCCCGGCGCUGCCGGGCGGAGGCGGCGGGCUGGUGCCGCUGGCCGGGGCGGGCGGCGGCCGGCCCAGCCCGCCGCACCACGAACUGCGCCUGGAGCCCGCCGCGUCGGAGCCGCUGCACCACCAUCCCUACAAGUAUCCGCCGGCGGCGGCCGCCGCCUACGACCACUACCUGGGGGCGAAGAGCCGGCCCGCCCCCUACCCCCUCCCCAGCAUCCGCGGGCACAGCUACCACCACCACCAUCACCACCACAUGAACGCGGCGGCCGCGGCGGCGGCGGCUGCCAACAUGUACUCGCCGGCAGGAGCACCCGCCGGCUACGACUACGGGCCCCGGUAA